UUUCCUUUUGUUCUUUUGGCUUUAAAUGAAUUAUCACUUUAAGUCGUUUUCUGGGUUGAGUUGAUUUGCUUUUUCAUUAGAAUCUAUGGCUCUACUCGUAUUCAGAAGAGGCAAAGGGUUCCUAGGAAACGUUAAAUGGCUUAGAGAAGCACUCAUGAGUUUCAGCAAGGAGAAGUCAUUGUUGGAAUAAGUAAAGUCAGGACAUUAUUCGAUAGUCAGCUUUCCUCAUACGGCGAAUAUCAAUAUAAUCUUUUGUUUCCCUUCGCUUGGUUGAAUGUAGCUGAUCCCUGUCUGAUUUCAUCGAACUCUUCGUGAGAGAUCAGCUUUAUUCGAAGGAAAAAAAGACAGUAAUUUCAGCUUCAGUUCGGGGCAUAUCUCCUCUGGCAUCGUAGUUUUUGUUGUUGGACUCAAGAUAUAUAUGUGUGUGUGUGUGUGUGUGUGUGUGAAGUUUUAAGCUUUGUUGGCAAUUCUCCUUUGGUCAGGUGAAUUUCUUAAGGAAGGAGUGUUUAUCAUCAUCAUUUGCAUCUCUUUAUGUAUAUCUCCUUUCGUACUCGGAACUUCACUCUGACCUUUAACUAGAACACCAGGAAAGUUUACCCCCUCUGUUACUUCUGUGGAAAAUCUUCUUCUGAAGUUUCCUCUGGUGUAAACUUUCGACCCAUUUGGGCAAAUCUCCUUUGGCAUUUGGAGUUCUUCGUUGACUCCUUCGUCCCUUCAGGGCAAAUCUCCUUUGGCAUUAGAGUCAAAUAUCCUUUUCAGGACAUUUGACUCACUAUCGGUUUCGAACAAUCGGACUGACUGGAAGAUACAAAUUCCACGGUUCGUAACAGAAGAGUAUAGUCAUAUCCUUGGAUGUGUCUUCAUCGGGAUUUACUAUUAUCUCAUCGUCCUUAUUACAAUAUCUGUUAAGAUAAACUUGGAUUGGCGUAUCUUGGAUGCUUCAGUUUGUUCAAGCAGGAGUGAAGUACUGGCAGUGAAAAAUGGAUAUGCUGCUGUCCGAUUCUGAGUGGGAAAAUUUUAGUGAAAGUGGCAUUAGUGAAGAACAGGAAGAAAUGAACUUUCUGUAUGAUGGUCAGGCUUCUACCAUUCUAUCAAGUCUAGAGGAAAGUAUUGGAAAAAUCGAUGACCUCCUCUCAUUUGAGAGGGGUUUCGUUCAUGGAGAUAUUGUGCGCUCCGUAACUGAUCCGUCUGGGCAGAUGGGUAGAGUAAUCAAUGUAAAUAUGCUUGUGGAUCUUGAGAAUGUUCAUGGGAAUAUCAUAAAAGAUGUAAAUUCAAAACAACUUCUGAAGAUCCGUUCCAUUUCUGUUGGGGAUUAUGUGGUUAAUUCAACUUGGAUUGGGAAGGUGGAUAAAGUUGUUGACCGUGUCACUUUCGUGUUUGAUGAUGGAUCAAAGUGUGAAGUUAGUACCAUGGAUCAAGUGAAGCUUGUGCCUGUUUCUCCUAACAUAAUCGAUGACUUGCAAUAUCCAUAUUAUCCAGGACAAAGAGUAAGGGUGGUACCUUCGAAUUUUUCUAGUUCAACUAGAUGGUUAUGUGGUACCUGGAGCGGAAAUCAGGAUGAGGGAACUGUUUCCGGUGUGGAUGUGGGUUUUGUCUACGUUAAUUGGAUUUCCUCUGCACACAUGGAUCACGAUUCAAGUGCCUCUCCUCCCUCACGUUUGCAGGAAGCAAAAGACUUGACUUUGUUGUCGUCUUUUCCCCAUGCAAGUUGGCAGCUUGGUGAUUGGUGUAUGCUUUCUUUUGACGACUGCAAUGGAACUUUUGAAGAGUUUCUCCAUGGAUCAACUCGCGAUGUGAUUAAAGAUAACUGGAGACUGGAAAAAGGAUUUAAAAGAGGAAACCUCGGAUCAAGAUUGGAGGAAAUCUUUGCUAUCAUGAAGACAAAGACCAAGCUUGAUGUUAUGUGGCAAGAUGGUACCUGCAGUUUGGGAUUAGAGUCACAUACUUUACUUCCUGUUAGUGUUGCAAAUGCGCACGAAUUUUGGCCUUGUCAGUUCAUCCUGGAAAAGGGAACCAGUGUCAAUAAUCAAAGAUGGGGUGUAGUUCAUGGUGUGGAUGCAAAAGAGCGAAUGGUUAAGGUACAGUGGAGAAACAUGGACGUGAAUGAAGUCAACAAUUACGAUACAGAGCAGAUGGAGGAAACUGUUAGUGCUUAUGAACUUGUUGAGCACCCAAACUACUGCUACUCUUUCGGUGAUAUUGUGUUUAAAGUGGUGCAGAACCAUUUUGGUGAUCAAGCUGACAACGGUCACGUAACCUCAGAAACGGGUUUUGGCACAGAAGCUGCUCCAAAAGGCGAAAACAUGAGAUGGAAUCAGAACAACUCUCCCUCUUCAUAUGGCCUAUCCUGUAUUGGCACUGUCAUUGGGUUUGAAGAUGGAGAAUUGGAGGUGAAAUGGGCUUCUGGUAUUUCAACAAAGGUUGCACCUUAUGAAAUUUACCGAAUUGAUAAGUGUGAAGACUCAGUUACGGCUCAUGUUCACUAUGAAGAAAAUACAGAGGAUUUUAACCACGAGAUGUUUCUGCACGAGACGCUAUCUGAUAGCCCCAAAGGAAAGGAGUUGCUGAGUUUCGAUAGUGCUCGUGAAAGUGGUGAGAAAGUCUCAUGGGCGCCUACUUCCUUCUUUCGUCCUCAAGCUGCCAUCAGAUUUUUCUCAACCAUUGCUUCUAGCAUCCUUGGAUCCCUUGGUUCCAGAUCACCUUUAAGCCAAGAGUCGUCUAGUUAUAUUUCUCAUGGUGCUAGAGAAUAUGAUAUUCUUCUCGAGAAAGAAGAAUUGGAAACUUGCUAUCGAAAUGCCGAGCUAGAUCUGAUUGAGAUGCAGAUAUCUGAAACAACAAAAAUAAAGCAGGAAGUAGAAGAGAUCAAAGGAAACAACGGUAGAAUGAUGCCGAGACCCAAUGAGACUUCAGGCCUCUUUAGGCAGUUUGAUAUGGUUAGCGAGUGCACAGAUCACCAUUUUCUCGGGGAAAACAAGGUGUUGGCUGUGUCUCAGGUGAAACGAAGUUGGGUAAAGAAGGUUCAGCAAGAAUGGAGUAUCCUAGAGGAAAACCUUCCCGAAACUAUCUAUGUCCGUGCAUACGAAGAAAGGAUGGAUCUACUACGAGCAGCCCUUGUGGGUGCCCCUGGAACGCCCUACCAUGAUGGGCUGUUCUUUUUCGAUAUUUAUCUUCAUCCGGAGUAUCCGUAUGAACCACCUUCGGUCUACUACCAUUCAGGGGGGCUACGCCUCAAUCCCAAUCUGUAUGAAUCAGGGAAGGUUUGCUUAAGCCUCCUAAAUACGUGGACAGGUUCUGACACCGAGGUCUGGAAUCCAGGCAGCUCAACAAUUCUACAAGUUCUUCUGUCCCUCCAGGCUCUAGUGCUUAAUGAAAAACCUUACUUCAACGAAGCUGGAUACGAUAAACAGUUAGGACGAGCCGAGGGGGAGACGAACUCAGUGAGCUACAAUGAGAAUGCGUUCCUCGUAACCUGGCAGUCCAUGCUUUAUAUUCUCCGCAAGCCACCGCAGCAUUUCGAGGCACUUGUCAAGGAGCAUUUUAGUAAACACGCCGAAGCUAUCAUCUGGGCCUGCAACAUGUACAUGGAAGGUGCACGAGUAGGAUAUGCUCUCGAAUGCCGUGCAAACAGUCGUGAUGAACACAUCGAAGGAAGUUCGACCGGGUUCAAAAUCAUGCUGCCAAAGCUCCUUCCGAAGCUUGUGGAGGCAUUUUCAGAUCAGGGUAUUGAUUGCAGCCGAUUUCAAGGGCUGAAGUGAAUCUGCU